UGCUUGAGGAGAGAAGGCGCUUAUUCCGCUGCUGGAUGAGGGACCGAGCGGAGGGAACAAUGAGCAGAUACAGGGAUGAGUGAAUGAAUGAACGCAUCCCGACCCGGGCAUCUUCCACAGUAGAGAAUCGGGGGAUUAGUUCCUGCAAGACCACACGUGGGCUCUGGGACAAAUUGAUCUGGACGUCGCUCCGAGCUGCCUCGACAUUAGAAGUCUGUAGAAUCCAUCAAAGGCCCGACCGCCUCAGCUGAAAUGGCUCCGGCAGCCAUGCCUGUGCAUCCAUCCUCUCUUCCUUCCCGCCUCUCUUCGCACCUCCUCCUCUUCCUCCUAUCGGCCUUCCUCCUCCUGUCAUGUCCUGGAUCGGCGCACGCAGGUUCAUCGGAGAGUAACUGCUCAGCGAGUGGAGACCCCUGUCAGGAAGGUGUGGUGCUGCCGGUGUGGAACCCUCAGAACCCCUCUGUGGGCGACAAAGUGGCGCGGGCCAUAGUUUAUUUCGUAGCACUAAUCUACAUGUUCCUUGGCAUGAGCAUAAUAGCCGACCGAUUCAUGUCUUCUAUAGAGGUCAUUACCUCCCAGGAGAAGGAAAUCACUAUAAAGAGGCCGAAUGGCGAGACCACCACCGCCACGGUCAGGAUCUGGAAUGAGACCGUUUCUAAUCUCACUUUAAUGGCCUUGGGCUCGAGCGCCCCAGAGAUCCUGCUGUCAGUUAUUGAGGUGUGCGGCCACGGUUUUGAGUCUGGCUCUCUGGGUCCCAGCACCAUCGUGGGCAGCGCUGCCUUCAACAUGUUCGUCAUCAUCGCCCUGUGUGUUUACGUGGUUCCUGAUGGAGAGACGCGCAAGAUCAAACACCUUCGGGUGUUCUUCGUCACAGCGGCCUGGAGUAUCUUUGCCUACAUCUGGCUUUAUCUGAUCCUGAGUGUCUUCUCCCCUGGGGAGGUGGAGGUCUGGGAGGCCGUGCUGACGUUCCUCUUCUUCCCGCUCUGCGUGGUCCAGGCCUGGGUGGCCGACCGUCGCCUCCUCUUCUACAAAUACGUGAGCAAGCGCUACCGCGCCGACAAACGCCGCAACAUCAUCAUUGAAACCGAGGGAGGGGCGGACGGAGAAAUGGCCGUCGCUGUGGGGGGAGGGGGAGGAGGAGCACUGGGCCCGGGGGGGUUCACCAAGAUGGACAUGCUGGAGCUGGAUGGACAAAUGGCGUUGAACAGUCACAGCGGGAUGGAUGGAGGGAUUUUCGAGGAGGGAGGAGCGAAAGACGAGGAGGACGAAGCCAGGAGGGACAUGGCGAGGACGCUGAAGGACCUCAAGCAAAGGCACCCAGACAAAGACAUGGAGCAGCUGAUCGAGAUGGCAAAUUAUCAGGUUCUGAUGCAGCAGCAGAAGAGCAGAGCGUUCUACCGUAUCCAGGCAACCAGGAUGAUGAUCGGAGCCGGCAACAUCCUCAAAAAGCAUGCCGCCGACCAGGCUCGCAAAGUGGUCAGCAGCAAUGAGACGCAGGCACCGGAGAACGACCCUCACACCAUCAGGAUGGAGUUCGAACCCUCUUUGUACCAGUGCUUUGAAAACUGUGGCUCCCUGAAACUGACCGUUGCCAGACGUGGAGGAGACCCUGGAGUCUCUGUCAUGGUGGAUUAUCGCACAGAGGACGGUACGGCAAACGCAGGUUCAGAUUAUGAGUUUGCGGAGGGAACACUACUGUUUAAACCAGGAGAGACCCUCAAAGAGAUCACGGUGGGAGUGAUUGACGACGACAUCUUCGAGGAGGACGAGUACUUCUACGUUCAUCUCAGUAACCCUCGAGUGAUUGGUUACCCCGAGAUUGGCGCCGCCCCGCUGGAUGCCAGUGCCACCCCCAAAGCCGUGAUGGGCGACAACCACACAGCAACGGUGACCAUCUACGAUGACGACCACGCAGGCAUCUUCACCUUUGAGAACGGCAGUCAGAAGGUGAAUGAGAGCGUGGGGGUGAUGGAGUUGAAAGUGCUCCGGACCUCGGGGGCCCGAGGCCUGGUGGCCGUUCCCUACCACACCGUGGACGGCACGGCCAGAGCCGGGGACGACUACGAGCUGUCCGCUGGCAAGCUGGAGUUCCAGAAUGACGAGACCAUGAAGAUCAUCGAGGUGAAGAUAAUUGACGAUGAGGAGUAUGAGAAGAACAAGAUGUUCACCAUCGAGCUGGGAGAGCCUGUGCUGUUGGAGAUAGGACAGAAACACGGGGACUCCAAUGAGAACAAGCCAUUGGUGGGAGCCGAGGAUGAGGAAGUGGCCAAGAUGGGCUGUCCAAGCUUGGGCGAACACACCCAAGUGGAAGUGAUCAUAGAGGAGUCCUACGAGUUCAAGAGUACAGUAGAUAAGCUGAUCAAGAAGACCAACCUGGCCUUGGUGGUGGGAAGCAGCAGCUGGAGGGAACAGUUUGUCAAUGCUGUAACUGUCAGUGCAGGAGAUGACGACGAGGAGGAGAGCGGCGAGGAGCGGCUGCCGUCCUGCUUCGACUACAUCAUGCACUUCCUUACCGUCUUCUGGAAGGUCCUGUUCGCCUUCGUCCCGCCCACGGAGUACUGGAACGGCUGGGCCUGCUUCAUAGUCUCCAUAUCGCUCAUCGGCGUGCUGACGGCGGUCACCGGCGAUCUGGCGUCGCACUUCGGCUGCACGAUAGGGCUGAAGGACUCUGUGACGGCCGUGGUGUUCGUGGCGCUGGGGACAUCGGUGCCAGACACGUUCGCCAGCAAGGUUGCCGCCAUCCAGGACCAGUACGCUGACGCCUCCAUCGGCAACGUCACCGGCUCCAACGCCGUCAACGUCUUCCUCGGCAUCGGCGUGGCGUGGACCAUGGCGGCCGUCUUCUGGCGCUCCAAGGGCGAGGUGUUCAGGGUGGACCCGGGAAACCUGGCCUUCUCCGUCACCCUCUUCACCAUCAUGGCCGGGCUGUGUGUGUGCAUGCUGCUGUACCGGCGGCGGGCGUCGGUGGCCGGCGGCGAGCUGGGCGGACCGCGGACUUGCAAGAUGAUAACGUCGCUGCUGUUUGUCUCCAUGUGGCUGAUUUACAUCCUGCUGGCGUCGCUGGAUGCGUACUGCCAUAUACCAGGGUUAUAAGUGGAGAGGGGAGAGAGAGAACUGCUGCCAAUGGGAAGAGAGAGAGAGUGUAGAUGGGAACGAUGAGUCAUAGAGGUGGAUCCGUAUGGGCAGAGUUUUCAGUGUAGAGUUCUAUUCUUUGUAUUUAUUAAUUUCCUGAAAAGAUGAGUAUCAUCACAAAACACUAAAAGUGUCAAACUAUAUCCAAACGUGCGUCGGCAUUAGCAGCUUUUGAAAGAAAAGCCGUCUUACAUCCACUGAUGGGAAACUUCUAGAAUAAUAAAUCCCUUUUAACAGAAAGAAUGAAUGAGAACAUUGCAGGUUUUUAUGUUGUCACCUUAAUCAUCCGUGAUGAUUGGUGCACAGCGCUGUUUGAUAGUAUAUAAAAGGCUGAUAUGUCCCAGUAUAGUGCCAAACCAGCGGGAGAGCAGGAGAGAUAGACACCAAGGAGAGCUGUUGGCCGGCUUCUGAAGAAGAAGGAAAAGAGAUAAUUGCCCAAAAGUGAGAGAGCAGGCUCGAGGCAACUAAAGUCUGGAUAAAGUCCAUGACGAGAUCAGAGAAAUACUAAAAUAAGAACAGAUGGGAAAAGCAUUCUACAUCCCCUUCUCACUCUCUCUCGGUUAUUCCGCCUCUACUUUGUCGUCCUCGCGAGUUUGGUGGAUCCUCCUGUGUACCCACUGAACUCCAUCUUAUACUAGCAGUGAGUUAUUACUUUAAAGUCCUCUUCCCCCAAAUGCACACCCAAACACACACACACACACACACACACACACACACACACACACACCUCGGGGCCCUCAGGUGAAUCUCCUGUGGAAGACCAUUCACUAACUUGUGGGCGAAAAGGCAAGAUGAAAACAGACAAUUGAUGUUUUUUUCCUUCUCUUCUUGAAUACACUGUGCAAAAUAGUUGUAACCCCCAACCGCACAAACACACACACGCACUGUAUUCAUUUCCUCCAUCCCCCUCUUGCCUUACUCUUAUCCCCCCUGUAGGAAUUGUCUUAAAGUUGUGAUAAUGAAAUGCUGUAGUCACUACCAACCAACCUUCUUUUUGAUUAAGCCAAUCCCAAGCCCCGCUCCUUUUAUGCCAAUAAAAAGCCUAAUUUGUCCGACAAAAACACCCCUUUUUUUUCCCCCCCAAACUUCGAUGGCGUCACGUGUUGAUGUUGUUACCGUGCAAUUGUAAAAAUACAAAAGACAUGACUGUAGAUUGGAGAGCUGGAGAUAAAAAACCUUUGAGGUGUUUGUAGGAUAGAAUGUAACAUGGAGGAUCAAGAUGUUGGAUCAGCUCCUGGAUGAAGUUGGGAUGAAGAAGCAAAAUGACUGUGUGAUAAGCACGGGGGGUGGGGGGGGGGGGUAAAAAGUCCCCCUACUGAUCGUUGUCUUUUGUGCGAUGAAGAAACGUUGUGCACUACACUCCGUGAUGUACACCGUUUACACGUGAAACAAACGUGCACAGCUGAAACUGGAACUUGGUAGUAAAUGAUGUAACGCCAAGAGACAUCAACUAACAAGAUCAAAAUGGGACCAUUCAGAAUGAAGGAUUACGCCGGUUGUGACCUUGACAACCACAAAGAAGUAGAUGGCGACUGCAGUGUUGAAAAAUGAGAACUAUGACCGUAUACAGUGUUUCUAAUUGUUCAUGAUAAUAUAAGAAACUUUUAUUGAUGUGUGUGAGAAAAACAUUGACAUUUAAUUUAUGUGAAGCCCCCCCCUCCCCCCCCCCACACCCUCUUUGUAAGUGGAUGAAAAGAUAAUCCUUUUACCUCUGCAAAACCAUGCAAGAAUACAUUUAAAUAAAAUCCUUCACAAGGGAAAAGGCUGUAAGAUGGUGCACAUGAAAGCAGAGUUUCAGAGACGGAGAGAAGACUCGGAUGGCAGCUUUGAAAUGUUGCAGGACUGCAGCAGCUGUAACGUUGGGACGGUGCUUUGUACUCAAGAAAAAAAAAAAAAACCUGUGCUAUCCAAAGAUCUAUCAGAAGAACA